AUGGCCGACCAGGACAUCGCACACUCUUGGCUGGGAAGUUUCUCGGUGGCCUUGGAAACCCGCGAUUAUGAAGGACUCUCAAAGCUUUUUGCCGAAAGUUGCGCGUGGCGAGAUCUGCUGUCGUUCACAUGGGACAUCCAGACUACGGAAGGCAAGAGGCCCAUACUCGAGAUGGUGUCAUCCGUUCUGGACCGUGUGAAGCCACACAGCUGGGUCCUCACAGGAGUGACGGAUGCAGACGGGAUCAUCACCGCUCAGUUUGUGUUCCAGACGGCCUGCGCAAGCUGCAUCGGGCAGGUGAAGCUUCGCAACGGACUCUGCUGGACCUUGCUGACCGCUGCCCAAGCCCUCCAUGGGCACGAAGAAAAGCGAGGGCUCUCCAGGGAACUAGGUGGGCAUCCGAAGGCCAUGCGGCGGCCCGCAUUGCCGCCAGCGUGCGCAAAGCCUGACCCCUUCGUCGUGAUCGUCGGGGGCAGCCAAUGCGGGGUGACUUUGGGGGCCCGGUUGAAGCAGCUCGGAGUGCCCAGCAUCGUGCUUGAGCAGAACGACCGACCAGGGGAUGCUUGGCGCCACCGCUACGACUCCUUGCGCCUGCAUUUCCAAGUCUCGUACUGUGAGUUCCCUUACCUGCCCUUCCCAGAUCACUGGCCGAAGUACCUCACGAAGGACCAGAUGGCAGACUGGAUCGAUAUUUAUGCAAGCCUGAUGAAUGUUGAUUUGUGGACCCGCGCCCGCUGCGUGAAAGCGGAAUGGGACGAGGUGAAGAGCAGUUGGACCGUACAUGUUGAGAAGGACGGCACACGUGUGCAGCUACAACCACGACACCUGGUCAUCGCAACAGGCCUGAAUGGCACUGCCCACACUCCGAAACUCCAGAAUCAGGAGAUAUUUGCAGGGGUCACCAUGCACUCCUCGCAGUAUGUCUCAGGGGCAUCCCAAGAAGGCAAGAAGGUCGUUGUCGUGGGAUCUGGCACUUCAGCCCAUGAUAUCUGCCAGGACUUGUGGGAGCACGGUGCGGAUGUGACCAUGAUUCAGCGCAGUCCCACACCAAUCACCAAAGUCAGCACCCAUCAGCGGGUUUGCUUGCAACGGCUCUACUCAGAAGAAGCAAGGGCCGGUGGCAUGAGUACGGAGGCGGCUGACUUGGAGUUCAUGUCAACGCCUUACCGACUUCUCUUGGAGAAACAGCGCAGAGCCAGCGUCGAGCUCAGGGAGCAGGAUGCGGAUCUUCUCCAGAACACCUCGAACUAUUUGUCGACUGGGUCGGGUACGUACUUGGACGUCGGUGCUUCCGAGCUCAUUGCGGAUGGAUUGAUCCAGCUCAAGACUGGCAGUGCCGUAGCCUUUAGUGAAUCUGCAGUGGUCACCGACGAUGGAACCCAUCUUAGCGCCGACACGGUAGUCUUUGCCACGGGCUAUGCGCCGCUAUCGAAGCUCAUCGCAGAGCUUCUGGGGAAAGAUACGGCUGCACGCCUUGGCAGGAUAUGGGGCUUGGGUACGGGUAUUGCCGGAGAUGAAGGACCUUGGGAGGGAGAGCUGCGGAACAUGUGGAAGAGAACCAACGUGGAAGGUCUCUGGCUGCACGGCGGCAAUCUUUUGCAAAAUCGCAUCUACUCGCUCUUCCUGGCCUUGCAACUUAAGGCCCGAUAUGCUAACAUCCCUACGCCCGUCUACAACGCGCACAACAAGGGCUUUGAGUUCCUAGGGGCUUGA